AUGGCGUCGGUGGGGAGAAUGAUGCGCGCUAUUCGGGUCCAGGAAUUUGGAAGUCCAGAAGUACUUAAACUCUUCAAGGACGUUCCUGUGCCUUCACCAGGCGAGGAUCAGAUUUUGAUCCGUGUUCAUGCGUGUGGAAUUAAUCCCAUUGAGACUUAUAUUCGAGCCGGAAUUCACUUUCUGAAACCGUACCUACCGUACACCCCGGGCACUGACACUGCUGGGGUGGCGGAAGACGUAGGGAAGAAUGUGGUCUCAUUUAAGAAAGGUGAUCGUGUGUUUACCAGGGCUACCGUUACAGGGGGUUACGCUGAGUACACACUUGCCUCGGAAGAUACUGUUUAUCCCCUUUCGGAAAAGCUUAGCUUUAAGCAAGGAGCGGCCAUAUCCAUCCCCUACUUCACAGCCUACAGAGCGCUCUUCAAGAAAGCACAUGGCAAACCUGGAGAGCUAGUCCUUGUACAUGGUGCAAGUGGAGGGACAGGAAUAGCUUGUUGCCAAAUUGCCAGAGCCUACGGGUUUCGAGUAUUCGGGACAGCUGGAAGCCCAGAGGGAUUAAAUUUAGUUCUACAAAAUGGUGCUCACCAAGUCUUCAACCAUAGAGAACAUGACUAUAUAGAGAAGAUUCAGGUGAGAGAAGCAGCUGGAGGAGAAGGAAUUAAUAUCAUAUUGGAAAUGCUCGCCAACAAUAACCUGAAUAAUGAUCUUAAGCUCCUAUCGGUUGGAGGAAGAGUGAUAGUUGUUGGCUGUAGAGGACCUAUUGAAAUAAACCCCAGAGAUACAAUGUUCAAGGAGUCCAGCAUCACCGGAGUGUACUUCUACAACUCAUCCAAGGAAGACUGGAAGGAGAUUGGAGCAGCCCUUGUUGGAGGGGUUGAAGCCGGCUGGGUGAAGCCCCUCAUCGGACCUGAAUACACCCUAGAGGAAGCUCCCCAAGCUCAUGAUGACAUCAUAAAGAGCAGUGGAGCCACCGGAAAGAUGGUCUUUGCCAUCUAA